GUCCGGGUGGCACCGUGGCCGUGCCCAGUGGCGGGGCGGCUCUGAGCAGCCCCCCUUCCUCGCGCUGUCUCGGCCCUGAGUUCCCCAGUGGGGGGCUCCUCAGGCAGGGGGCUGGAGCGAUUUGUGUAGUGGGGCGGGGUGCAGCCUGUCCUGGGCAGUGCCCGUCCCCACCCAGACACCUCACCAGGUAUCCGGCCGCGUGUCCCUGGGCAUGGCUGUGCUGACCUCGUUCCAGAGGCCCCUGCUGGUAGGCGGGCUGCCAUUCCGUGCCUUCCUGGAGACGCACUGCCCCCUUGUCAGCGAGCCCUUCUACCCCAUGCCCUGGUGCUUCGAUGGCCGGCUCCAGACCCUGCUCCGCUUCUUCCUCCAGUCUCGGCCCCUGGUCUCCUACCGCAGUGAGUUGCUCCACACAGCGGAUGGAGGGCAACUGCUGCUGGACUGGGCGGACAAUGCAGAGAGCCAGCGGUACCCAGAGCCUGGCACACGCCCCACUGUCCUGCUGCUGCCAGGCCUCACCAGCAACAGCCAGGCCACCUACAUCCUGCACCUGGUGCAGCAGGCCUCCCGCGCGGGGUACAGGACUGUCGUGUUCAAUAACAGAGGGUGCAAGGGGGAGGAUCUGCUGACCCCCAGAGCCUUCUGCGCUAGCAACACAGAGGACCUGCAGACCGUGGUCACCCACAUCAAGUCCCAGCACCCGCGAGCACCACUCCUGGCUGUGGGUGUCUCGCUAGGAGGGAUCCUGGUGCUGAAGUACCUGGCGCAGCGAGGGCACGACCCGGGGCUGGUGGCAGCGCUGACCUUGUCCGUCCCCUGGGACACCGUGGAGUCCAGCCGCUCGCUGGAGCAGCCGCUCAACCACCUGCUGUUCAACCGGCACCUCACGGCCAACCUGCUCCACCUCGUCAGCCGGCACAGGAAGGUGAUUGCAGAGAAGGUGGAUGUGGGUCACAUAUUGAAGGCACGCAGCAUCCGGGAGUUUGACGAGCGCUACACGGCCAUGGUGUUCGGCUAUGGGACAUGUGCCGAGUACUACCAGGCCGCCAGCCCCUCGCACUCGGUGCAUGCUGUGCGCCUGCCAGUGCUCUGCCUCAACGCGGCCGACGACCCCUUCUCGCCGCUGCAGGCCAUCCCCCUGGCCGCGGUGCGGCACCUCCCCACGGUGGCAGUGCUGGUGACGGUGCAUGGCGGGCACAUCGGCUUCCUGGAGGGGCUCUUCCCACGGCACGAGAGCUACAUGGACCGCGUCUUCGCCCAGUUCGUCACUGCCGCCUUCGAGCACAGCCAGGAGCUGAGCCGCAGCCUGAGGGCAGGGGACGGAGCCAGCUGCGUGAGCCCCCAGCACUGAUGCAGGCAGGCACCAGAGCAGGCCUCACCCCCCCCAUGCUGCCAGAUCCCCAAUAAACCUCCUGCCUGGA